AAAUGCUGACUAAGACGUUUUAAGCGUAUGAACAUGUGAUUAAAUUGGAUAAGUGGGCUUCACAACAUGCAUGCGUGUAUAAUACUCUUACGCUGUGAGAGUCGAUUGCCAUUCUUUUGACCAAAUGGGGUUGAAGUGUCACCUCUAAGCCUCUCCAGGUGAUCCAAUAGCGCCGUCCGAGAGGCGGGCCGGAGGAAGACUAGUAUUGCCUUCGCACUCAGGUGAGGUCAUUCAGCGCAACAUGGAGACAGAGACACUCAGAAACACAAUGUAUGGAGUUACAGCGACGCAUUUCUAAACAUCUUCUGGUUUGCAUGAAUGCGGCACUUGCUCCUGAUUCAGACGAAUUCAUUUCAGCUAGUCCAGCUAAAGUCUUGCGGUUUUGCUUUGUGUGAGCUGAAGAGCGCCUUGUUGGCCCGCUGGAAGACUCCAGAAGGAGUUUGGCUUAGCUUCCAAACAUGGUCAGUGGCUGGCCUCAAGCAGCCUGUGAGUCGCGCGCUGUCCAUGGUGCUGAUGGUAACGUCAUGGCUCUUUAUGGGUUAACGUCACUGGAGUAUGUAAGGGCCUAGUCAUUACCAAAAUAUUGAAAUAGUCUCUAAUGCUAAGCAGUGAUGCCAUGAUUCCAGGUGAAUUCAGCACCGUGGCUGUGCACUUUCUAGAAUGUAUUAAUCGCUCAGAUCACUUUACCUCCCUUGGGAAAUCAUAGUCAUUGCGCCUUCUCCUCUCAGCUCGCCCUCUCUUCGUCGUCUUUGUUUAUCAGUGGAUCAAGGUGUCACACCAUGGCUUGGAAAAGGUGGAUAAGUGAUUGCUCUAGUCAAGUUAACAAAGUUUGUGAACCAGAAAGGGGUGCUACAGCCCCAGGCCCUUACCUUGCCAGUGGGAGUCCUUCUUCUGGACAGGAAGGCCAGAAGCAGCACAAGAAGAGACCAUCCUAACUGCCCCAACACAAAUCUUUUGCGGAGGUUUCUCAGAACCAGUUUUUUCUGUGGUUGUCCAGACACUCAAAUCUUAUUGGAUAACAUGGUUGGUGAGAAGCCACUGCAAAUCUAAAGAAAGCAAUGCUGGACACAUUACAGUCCUGUUCUCCUGUGCCAUUGGAACAGUUUACUUUAGUACUAUCGAUCUUGGGUGGAGUCUUCUUCCUGUGACCGGCACAGACAUACACUGCUCCAGUCCAGCCAGCCUUUUUCUUUGCUGAACCCCCAACCCUGAAUGAGGGUUCAGAAGGGGUACUCCAUCUUGCAAUGGCUCAUUCGUCUGAUGAGGCUCGGAGAGAGAUGACGAACGGGGCCCAUCCCAGCACCCAACCAGGAGGCUCCGGAACCUACACUUUGCCACGAUAUCUGCAUAAGAAACGGCAGAAAGGAGUGAGAUCUUCCUCCCCAAUGGGUAGAGUCAUCCUUAUCAAUGCACCUGUGGAUGGUGGAGAUGACAGUGAAGACAUUCACACAAUCACUGUGGACAAGAGUGAGGAUGGCAGGCUGGGCUUCAGUGUGCGUGGAGGCUCUGAGCAUGGCCUCGGCAUCUUUGUCAGCAAGGUGGAGGACAACAGCUCUGCAGAGUUUGCGGGGUUGUGUGUUGGGGAUAAGCUGGUGGAGGUGAAUGGAAUCAGUCUGGAGAGCAUCACAAUGAGCAGUGCUGUGAAGGUCCUGACUGGGAACAACCGCCUGCGCAUGGUAGUCAGACGUGUGGGAAAAGUUCCUGGCAUUCGAUACUCCAAAGAGAAGACCACUUGGGUGGACCUGAUUCAUCGGAGGAUGGUGGUGGAGGAGAGUGGUCGUACUCCCUCGGAGGCCAGCUCGGACGGGGCAUUGCGCAGGAUAGUGCACCUUUACACCACCUCAGAUGAUUAUUGCCUGGGUUUCAACAUCCGUGGGGGCAAGGAGUUUGGUCUCGGCAUCUAUGUCUCAAAAUUGGACCCUGGUGGCCUGGCAGAACAAAACGGCAUUAAAAUGGGAGACCAGAUUCUGGCAGCCAACGGCGUGAGCUUUGAAGAUAUUACACACAGCAAUGCUGUGGAGGUCCUGAAGAGUCACACCCAUGUCAUGCUCACUAUUAAGGAAGCUGGGAGGUAUCCUGCAUAUAAGGAGAUGGUAGCAGAAUACAGCUGGCUCAAUAAAUUGGCUAAUGGAGGCCAGCCGUCCUCUUCUCAGGGUUCAGACUCCUACUCCUCCACCUCUUCUCUCUCCUCUGGUACGCCAGUCAGCUCUCUCAGUGGCCUGUCUCAGGUCAUGUUCCCACCUGCAUUCAACUCCGAGAUGGUGGAUGUCUGUAUAGCAACUGAGGAUCAGUCAGGCAGGCUCAGCUCUGAUCGGACCGAGACUGCUAUCCAGACUGACCCUUUGGAGCCUGAUGCAUCACCCCGACCUAGCAGGGUCAUCUCAAUGGACACCAGUCGGACAGUGGGUGAGACAGUCCUGUUAAAAGACACAGUGAUCAGGACUGGGAGUUUUGAUAAGAGUGGCCGGGCUCGGACAAGGACGUUUUCUGCAGGGGACAAGGAGGUUCUGGACUCUCCGAAAACUGCAGUGCUGAUGGCUCUCAGCAAGCCCCGCAAACCCAUCCGCCGAUCACAGAGUCACAUCACAGUCUCAGAGGACAAGCAGAAGAAGAAGAAACAGCAACAGGUAGAGAAGGCUGAAGCUGCAGGUAGUACCCUACAGCGCUCCAAGACCUUCGUCAGUCUGUUGUUCAAAAGUGGUCGCAGGAGAGACAGGUCUGCCUCUAGAGACAGGAAGGAUAUAGGGGCGGGGGACAAACGCAGAGGACGCUCAAAAUCUCCUACACAUAGUGAGCGGGAGUGGAUGUUUGGAUCUAGAAGCAGAAGAUGGGGUAAGGAGCGCAGUCGGCCCAUUAUUAGCCUCCUGAGCUCUCCUCGGGAAACGCGUGCUGGGGUGUGGGAGCCUGCACACAUGCCCAGUCCCGAGACCAUGGCCAUGGUGGAGGACAUGGCUCGCAAACUGCUGAGUGAGGAUGAGGUGGCUGCUGUCAUGAGACACUGUAACAGGUUUUUGGCAGACCGUGUGGUUGAGGACCUGGUCCGCCCUCUGCUGGCCAUCCUCGACAGGCCUGAGAAGCUGCUGCUGCUGAGAGAGAUCAGAAUGAUCAUCCCUCCCACAGACUUGGGCCGGUUUGACAGCAUGGUUAUGCCUUUUGAACUGGAGGCCUAUGACAUUUUAAAGAGCCGCUCUGUGCGCUCCCCGGCUCUGCGCUCCCCUCGCCAUGGUGGAACCCCACGGCGCCAUCUCAUAACACCCGUUCCAGACUACAGAGGAGGUUUCCAGCUGCAGGCGGUUCAGGAUCUGGAGAGAGAUCGGCAGUUGUUGGAGGAGCUGGAGCGACUGAGGAUGGACACUAUCCCCACUGGCCGGCUGCCCCCGCCCCGGGCCUUCACUCCUCUGCUGGAUGUACCGGUAGAUAGUUACAUCUCAGGCUCCCUCCGGCAGCACUCUUUAAGUCCUGCUCGUCCAAACUGGCUACUUAGUGAGUCCUCUCACAGCACAGAGAGGCAUGGGGGCUCCCCACAAAGACAGAGCAAUGGUUCGCCCCGGACUGCACACUACGGGGAAAACUCAUAUAGGGGCGAAACCACUCCAGAGCGCGGGAGGUCACCUUACAGGAACGGCCAUGGCAGAGCUGCGAAUGGAAGAGAGGUGAAGUACACAGUGAUGAGUGCACACAGGCGGAAUCGAACGCCACUAAUGCAGGUGUUUGGAUCAGAUACUAUGCAGGACUCUGUGGAGAGGGAACAGGUAAAUGGACACACUCGCUUACCUGCAAAUGGUCAAGAUAACCUGUCAACACAGGAGUAUGAGCUGACCACUGUCUCCAUCUCUAAGACCAAACAGUCCCUGGGUAUAAGCAUUUCUGGUGGGAUGGAGUCCAAGGUUCAGCCAGUGGUGAAGAUAGAGAAGAUAUUUCCAGGAGGAGCUGCUUCCACUAGUGAGGUGCUGAAGGCUGGAUUCGAGCUUGUGUCAGUUGAUGGCGAGUCCCUCCAGGGAGUCACACAUCAGCAUGCAGUGGACGCCAUAAGAAGGGCUUUCAGCAACAAGGCCAAAGACCCCAUGGAGUUUGUCGUCAAAGUCCCAAAAAAUCCAAAAGACUGAGGGAAAAAAUGUACUUUACUGUGCUGUACAGACAAAUUGGACUUCUAGAGAUUUGUGCUCACAGUGGUAUGUCUGCACAAAGAACAGAGAAUGAGAAUGUAUCCUAUACAAAAUCUAUAGGAUAGAACCUAUAGAAAAAAGAAAAGCUGCCAUUGUAUAAUGCUGAACCAGUUCACCCCAGGGUGAGGUUCCUGAGAGGACGUCCAUAGAGCUCUUCUGGCCGGACCAGGUCCUUUUUCUGCUUCCUUUAUCAUUUUUAUACCAUAGUUUAAUAAUUGAUAGGCUAUUUGUGCAAAUAUCUGCCGCAUCUGUGGCAUAGAUUUAGUUACCACAAUGAUUUCAGCACACCUUCCUGUACUUAAUAUAAGAACACAAAACCCAUUAAGUAAGAACACAUAUAAUAGUAACCAACAGGCUGAUGCUUGUCCAUGGUGACUGACAGUGUGGUACAGAUGCAGCAGAGAGGACUUAUGUUGAAAGUAUUCCUUUGAUAGCACUAAUAGUUUUUAAGAAUUUACACAUACAACAUUCUUUCCGGACUCCAAUAUCUCUUCUUCAUUCCACACCAGUGAGAGGUCAGCAACUCUAAAUAAAUAUGAGGCAGUGAGGGUUUGUGCCUAAAUUUGGUCGUAGCUUAUGCUUCAGCCAGUGUAUUGUGAUAAGGAGCAAGUUGGCAUGGUGAUAAUCUAAGUCAUAACACUAGCACUCAUCCCAGCAAGGCGAGGGAGUAAAGAGUUGUGGAGCUCUCCCGCACAUGCCUAACAGAGACAAGGUUACGAGAUUUACACUCAGAUUAAAUCUCUGUAUUAUGUCAAACUUGAUGGUUUGAUUUAGUGAAUGUCUAGCAGAUUAUUACAAAUCGCAGCCUAUUUCAAUCUCUCCUUUUUCUUCUGUUGAGCCAAUGCUUUAAUGAUGUGGUGAGCAGACUUGUGCAAGGCUUCAUGUGAGUUUCCAAAGCUGAACACUUGGGUCAUUAUGAGAUUAUGUUACAUCUUUGCAGAGUGCCUUACAUCUGUGCAUUAACAGUGCAGCAGACCAACAGGAUCUGAAAAGAUUGUGGGGUCAAGAACAGGUACAGGAGUUUUUCCGUUAUAACUGUUGUUCAGAGAGGGCACAUGUUUGGCAAAUGUUUUUACUAUUGAUUUUAUUACAGACGUCUUGUGUGAUUAUUCCAUAAUAAAAAUAAAACUGAAAUAUCA